AAAGUUGCGAUUCGAUAACUGUGGCCAUCCAAGACUCUGCUUCCACUCCACAAACAUUCACCUGUCAAGGUUGACAGGCCAACGAUAAUAAAUGAAUUUGGGAAACGGCUUAUUCCGCGGAGUGACGUCAGUGGGCCCCCAACAAGUCUCGUGCUCACCCGCUCCGCUUCUACAACCGAACGCUUUUCCAGAAACACGAAAUCCCUUCGAAUUCAUCAUGACUGGGAAUCGCGAAAAGCAAGUCUUUACCAAGGUUGUAUACAAGCCUGAUACCCAGUCGACGGAAGAGUUCAUCAUCAUUGUGAAUGACGAGGAGUAUAACAAGUGGAAGAAAGGCGGUGAUACCUCGAUUCCCUUGUCGAGGAUCGUCGACUCGUUUGACAUCUUCUCCAGUGAGCAAGGGAAUCAAGGGUAUCUAGGGAGAGCUUCCAAGCAGCAACUUGACAGCGUCUUCGGGACGACGAAUCAAGACGAGGCAGUUAAGAAGCUUCUAGAAUUAGGGAAGGCGAAGCCUGGUGAGGGCCUUCCAAAGGGAUAUGAUGGGAAGAACGAUACACGGGGUGCAUCCAAGGGGCAAGUUCGAGCCACUUUGCAUAAUUGAUUCAUCAGUAGUCGUGUUGGGCGAGCGUCUUGCCGUGAUAUUCCAGACAAUUCUUGUAACAUUUGACACCACAUCGACUUUGUUGUACCAUACUUGAAGCUGAAGCGCACCAAUUCAAAGCAUCUGUACAGAUCUUUGGUUCCAGGGACAUGCGCGCAAAUGGGCGUUGCGAACGGAUCAG